AUGAGCGCCCAAGAUCUUGCCCGUUCUCUUGUUGCUGCUGGCUCGGUAAAUCUUCCAGAUAAUAAGGGUGAAGGUAUCUACACCCUUAGCGUCAGGGACGGUUACCUUGUUGAGAAACACUGGGUGGGCGAUGUUAUCCAGAACGAGAAUGUGAUUGCUUCAAACGUGAAGGAUAAUACCACGGCUUCGUAUUUACUUAAUAUCGAACAAGACCUUCGUCUCGUUGUUUUUAUCGACCAAGACAAUGCUAUACAAUGCUCUGCAUAUAACGAUGACAUCGAAGAGUGGGAGGAAACACCUCUUGGGGACAAGUGGAACAUUGAAACAAACCCCCAGAGCAAAUUGAGCGCAACAAUUGGCCCUGAGGAUGAGAUCGUGAUCUCUUAUCAAGAUGUAAACGGUCGCCUAGCCGGCAUAAUGGGCGCGGGUGAAGAGUGGAAAGCGUUUGGCCCCCUAGCUGGUAACCCCAUCUCAGGGACGCCACAGCGCCUUGAAGUUAUCGACGACAUAGUAUACCUCUUCUAUAUCGAGGAAGGCGCCGGUAUUGGUUACCUAGUGCUUGACCUAGAUGCGGGGGUAUGGAAAGCCAAUGUACUCCACAACACAAAGUUUGAUACCAUCGUUGACAACUUCUGUGUUACUAAGGACUUCGAUACAGGGAGUUUUCAGAGCUACUUCUUAACUGGGGGGUCCUUGUGGAAUGUAGAUGGAGAAAAAGGGAAGAUUUGUCUGGGAAAUGUGGAGACUAACGGUAGAUUGAUUCCUUCAGAUAAGGCUCAGGCUGGAUUCAGGGUCAAGUGGCGAGGUGCUCGCAAAUUGGAAGCUAUGGCGAUGGAUACACAGCCCGAUGGUAUGGAUAUAAGAGAUAUUAAAGUUACAACCGACAUACAACAUUCUAAGCAAAAGAAUGGUGAUCCACCAAUACCGGAGCAUUUUGGAAUAGAUCUCACUACACCUGUACGUCGGUGGGAGAAAUGGGUGGUGAAAUUAACAUUCGACAAGUUGGGAAAGGAACAGCAUGGAAAUGGUUUCUACGUUAACGUUCCUAACCCCAACUUUGACGUUAUUCUGACGGCUGGACACAACCUCGUCGACAAACCCGAGCAUUAUUGCUCUAAUAUUAGAAUUGUCCACGACCCUCACACUAAAAACGAUAUUCCGGUAACGCAUGAAAUGAUUCGCGUAUGCCAGACCUAUUUCAAAGAACCCAAUGAACUCAACGCUAUAUUUGAUUAUGGAGUCAUUCUUUUGAAGAGGGGUAAAAAGGACCGUCAUCGCGGAUUCGGAUUCAACCUUAUGUUAGGGCUUGCGCCUCUUCGAGGAGGGAGCACAUAUUCUACUGGAAGAGGGGAAAAAGACAUACUACAGGACAGUGUGGUAUACGUCAGUGGAUAUAUGCCAGGGGAUUAUCCUCCUCAAGAUCCGAGGAGAUCGGAUGGAAAGUGUAUCCGGGCGAUGUCUAAACAGUUACACUAUACAGCCGAUACUAUGCAAGGUAUGAGUGGCGGCCCUGUCUGGAUAGGGUUUCGCGGGGUUGAGACUGUAGUAGCGAUACAUAACUAUGGCUCGGAAAGGAAGGGACAAGGGAACAGGGGGUCGAGAUUGAACCCCAGUGUGUGGCAUACCAUAUUUAAAUGGGUGAACAUUGGCUGGUUCAACAAGUCGCUUCAUUAUCGGGGGCAUGACACCUACGCGAUGCACCUUCAUCUACCGUGGAAUCCUACCUCUAACGAGGGGAGAGUCCGUGUAGGUAAACCUGGCCGGAUAGAAACGUUGUUCGACAUCAUACCUGUAUCGGCUAGGCCAGACGAUAAAGAACUGAAUGCAGGGUACGGCUUUUCUCUACGACCCUCGAACACUAGUAAUGGGUCUGCCAAUACGAAUACCAUUGCAUCGGAUCCCAUGUGGGUGAGAUGGGAGCCAACGAGGGGCAGGAUUUCGCUCACAGAUCGUUUUGAUGCUCGGUGUGAGGUUAAAAUCCCAACAUUGAUUGUUCAACCAGGAAAACCGUUUUCGAUACAAGCGCAACACGAGGAUAGCUGGAAACAACUACGCAUGGCAAUGGAAUAUGUUGACGAGGGGGAUUGGGAACAUAUAGAAGAUAAUGCAGAAAAUUCGGCAGAUACAUCGGAGAUAUCAUUCAUCUCGCUUACUGGGGAUAAGCUAUUUGAAUUUAAGUAG